AAUGGUACAACUGUGUGCUCCUGUAAUCCACUGCACAAAAACCAUGAUCAUGAAGUAACAUAACUGAACUCUUGUUGAUGGAAGUAGCAGGGCAUCAUGACAUUGUUACCCCUGCCAGCAAUAGAAACUAUCAGUCUGCACAGUAAAGGAGAUGAUAUGAUGGGCUGAGCGGAUUUUUAGCAGGUAGCACAAUCUUUGUCUUGUGGCUCUGGUCCUCAACAUAGCUCCACCCUUGACGCCACCAAUCUUUCACAACUGCCCUUAAGGGAGUGCUAAUCCUUUAAAAGUCUACUGGUCUUGCAACCUGGACAAUCUUUUACUUUUGACUCACUUUGUGCAUCCCUUAAAGGAUUUUAUUUUUACACAGAGGUUUCGUUGGCAAUGGCUUUGCUGACAGAGCUUCUGCUGCAGCCUGUCAGUGCAGGCACGCUGCUUGGUGUUGUAUUAAUGUUGCUGCUGGUCGUUUAUCUCCUUUCGUCUGACUCUCAACAAGCAUGGGAGGAACCUCCAGGUCCCAAGCCACUGCCUAUCCUGGGGAACAUACUAGCGCUUGACCUCAACAGACCCUACCUCAGUCUCCUUUCAAUGUCCAAAGAAUACGGAUCCGUAUUCACUGUGUAUUUUGGUGCAAAGAAAGUGGUUGUUUUGGCAGGAUAUCAAACUGUCAAGCAAGCCUUAGUGAAUCGUGCAGAGGAAUUUGGAGACAGAGACAUCAAUCCCAUAUUCUAUGAUUUCAACAAAGGAUAUGGAAUUCUGUUUUCCAAUGGGGAGAACUGGAAAGAAAUGAGGCGUUUUUGUCUCGCCAUGCUUCGAGAGUUUGGGAUGGCCAAAAGAGGAAGUGAAGAGAAAAUCAUCGAAGAGACAUGUUACUUGAGAGAAAUGUUUGAGCAGUUUAAAGGAAAACCAUUUGACACCACACAGCCAGUGAAUUAUGCUGUUUCAAAUAUCAUCUCAGCCAUUGUGUAUGGAAGCAGGUUUGAAUACAAUGAUCCUCUGUUCAAAGACAUGGUUCACCGGGCCAAUGAGAUUAUCAAGCUUACUGGCUCAGCUUCUAUACAGCUCUACAACAUGUUUCCCUGGCUUCGUUGCUUCCUGAAGAACUGGAAACUCAUCAUGAUAAACUAUAAGCAAGAUCUUAAGGAAGUGAACAAACUUGUGGAUGGUUUGCAGAAGACAUUGAACCCUCGGGAUUGCAGAGGCCUGGUCGAUUGUUUUCUUGUACGCAAACAGAAUGCAGAGAAAUUUGGAGAAAAGAAUACUCCGUACCAUGAAACGAAUCUCCUUUACACAAUUUCCAAUCUGUUUGCUGCUGGUACUGACACAACUGCCACAACUCUGCGCUGGGGUCUUUUGCUAAUGGCCAAGUACCCUCAUGUACAGGACCGGGUCCAGGAAGAGAUUGACCAGGUGGUUGGAGAUCGUCAGCCAGUUGUGGAGGACAGGAAGAACUUGCCUUACACUGAUGCAGUGAUCCAUGAAAUCCAGAGAGUGGCCAACAUAGUGCCCAUGAGUCUCCCUCACACCACUGCUUGUGACGUUCACUUUCAGGGCUUCUUUAUCAAAAAGGGUACAUGUGUGCUCCCACUAUUGACAUCCGUGUUGAGGGAUGAGAAGGAAUGGGAGACCCCCAACACCUUUAAUCCAGCACACUUCCUGGAUGAGCAGGGACGAUUUGUCAAGAGAGAAGCCUCCAUGCCAUUUUCUGCAGGGCGCAGGGUGUGUCUGGGAGAGAGUCUGGCCAAGAUGGAGCUCUUCCUCUUCUUUACCUCCCUCUUGCAACACUUCCGCUUCACUCCUCCACCAGGCGUGUCUGAGGAUCAGCUGGACCUCACACCAGCUGUGGGCUUUACACUGAAUCCCUCCCCGCAUGAGCUGUGUGCAAUUAACCGUGCUUAAAGCAUGGGUGGUGAACUAUGGCUCUGGAGGGCUGGUGCCCAGCACAGUUUGGUGAUUUUCCUGCUCUUAACACACCUACUAAACCUGGCAGUUAGCUGCUGAGUUCAGUCAGGUGUGCUUGAGUAGGACAACCCCUGGCUUAAAGGGGAGUUCUGUAGAAUUUAAACCAAGUCAUCCCUAGUGAUUUGAUGUGAAAUGAUUGAUAGAGAGACUACUCUGAUUCCUUUACAGGGAUGGGGAUAGGAACCA